UGCUGUAAAACACAUCCAGGAAGUGUGUGCAGCAAAGGAAGCGGUGGCAAAUAUGGCAGCGCACAGGUGCGGUUUGUCUCUAGUAUGCAUUUUAAUUUUUUCUAGUUUAGCUCACCCCAGUAGCUGUGACACGCUUGAAAAAGCAAACGAUAAUACAGCAGAGAAACGGAGCAUUUCAGAGGUUAAUACUGAUGGCAGUGUCGCUGGAGAGGCUCUGAAUGAAAGGCAGUGGCAGUCGACUGAUGCUGAGGUGGACAGAAGCGACAGCACCACACACAGCGAGGCUUUAACACCAGCAGCAGCGAGAGAUGAGUUUCAGGAGGAGCUGGUCAUCCGGCCCCUGCACUCCGGAGACAUUUAUGCCAGCUUCCAGUUCCGCACACUGUGGGACACUGACUUCCUGCAAGAGGGACAGAAGGUUUCUCAUUACCGGCUGUUCCCCAAAUCCCUCGGCCAAGUGCUGUCCAAGUUUUCAGUGCGAGAGCUGCACAUCUCCUUCACCCAGGGCUUCUGGAGGACCAUGCAGUGGGGGCAGCCCUUCAUCCCCUCUCCACCUGGAGCAGAGCUGUGGGUGUGGUUCCACGACACAGUCAGCGAUGUGGAUGGAAACUGGAAGGAACUAACCAACGUCCUCUCUGGAAUCUUCUGUGCGUCUCUGAACUUCAUUGACCUGACCAACACCGUACAGCCCAGUGCUUCUUUUAAACCGCUGGGUCUGGGGAAUGCUACAGAUCACCGUUUUUUACGUUACGCCACAUUACCACGUGAAAUCGUCUGCACUGAGAAUCUCACACCGUGGAAGAAGCUUCUCCCUUGCGGUUCUAAGGCAGGUCUGGCGGUUCUCAUGAAGUCAGAGAAGCUGUUUCACAGCAGUUUCCACUCCCAGGCUGUUCACAUCAGACCCAUCUGUCAGGAUGAGCAAUGCUCAAGUAAAGCGUGGGAGCUGAGACAAACUCUCAAUGUUGUCUUUGAUCUCCACACUUCAGGCCAAGGCAAAAAGGAAUGGUCCCUGUUUAAGAUGUUUUCUCGAACUUUGACAGAGGCUUGUCCUCUUGCUUCGUCUAGUAAAGUCUAUGUGGACAUCACAGACAACCCUGAGGGGGAGCUGUUUGAGUUAAGUCCUGCGACUCCUCUGCUCGGCCAAGCUGUGGUGCUGGGAGAUCGCAGGACAUAUUCAGUAUAUGACCUGAGCAGAGCUGAGACGUUUGGCCAGUUACGUUCAUUCAAUCUCCUGCUGCGCUGGAAAGGAGACAGUGGCGAUAUGCUGCGUCCUCUGCUGCAUGCAGAGCGCUACGUGGCUGGUUUUGGGCUGCAGACAGGGGAAAUCCACACCGUCAUCUAUAAUAACCACCCAUAUCGGGCUUUUCCUGUCCUGUUAAUGGAUUCAGUGCCCUGGUACCUGCAACUGUACAUUCACACCCUGACAGUCACCAGCAAGUCUCGAGAUAACAAGCCCAGUUACAUUCACUACCAGCCUGCUAAAGACCGCCACCGUCCUCAUCUACUGGAGAUGCUGAUCCAGUUACCCCCUCACUCUAUGACAGAGGUCACUGUACAGUUUGAGAGGGCCCUGCUCAAAUGGACUGAGUACACACCUGAUCCCAACCACGGCUUCUACGUUGGGUCCUCUGUCGUCAGUGCCCUUGUGCCAAGUAUGGUUGCAAUGAGAACCAACUUCACACAAGAUCAACCUUUGUUUAGCAGUUUUGUCCCAGUCAAAGAAGAAUCAAGCUACUUUGUGCGAGUGUACACCGAACCACUGCUGGUAAAUCUACCCACACCUGACUUCAGCAUGCCCUACAACGUCAUCUGCCUCACCUGCACGGUGGUCGCGGUGGGCUACGGCUCCUUUUACAACUUGCUGACCCGCACCUUCCAGGUGGAUGAACCAAGUCCACCGCUGUCGAAACGACUGGCCAACCUCAUCCGUCGCAUGAGGGGAGUGCCACUGCUGACUUAAACUGCUGAGAGCAGGUCUGGCGCCUGAAAUGUCCAUAUUAGGAGAGAAUUGUGAUGCUUCAACAGCAUUUGCUGAAGUUUUAAGAUGCUUUUCAGUCCUGGAAGGACCCGAUGCCAAGUGACUGCUCUGAACUUCUGUUGAACAAAUGAGCUACAAAAAUGGAUUAUCCUCCUUUUUAGGUUUUGUUUUGUGAGACACAUAUGCGAAGAUUUGCUACCUUUGUUUUGUUUUUUGUUUUCUUAGACACACAUUCAAACAUUAGCCACUGUUUUUUUUUUUGUUUUAUUUUUUUUUUUUGUGAGUCACAUAAGCAAAAGGUUAACCACCGUUUUGCGUUUUUAUUUUUGUUUUGUUUCCUUUUGUGAGUCACAUAAGCAAAGAUUAUCCACCUUUAUUUUGUUUUGUUUUGUCACAUAAGCUAAGAAAUUUUUGCAGUGUUGUUUUAGAAAACGAUCACGUGAACAUUUUUUAAAGGAACUGCAUGGUUCGGGCAUCUGGGAGAAAUAUACAUGCAUGAUGUUAAGUCGUCUCAGUGUACUCCACCCUUUUGAGAGCGUGAACAAGCCUCACAGAAACACAGACACUACAAUCCAGCUACUGAAAAUGGAUGUUUAAGAAUGUGGCAAAUAUUUACCACGUUCUGUAAUGCACUGAUAUUUAAAUAUGUGUUGUUUUGGAAGAUUGGACUGCUUUUAUUGUUUUGUCUUCAUUUUGUGUAUUUGCCUCACCACAUAAUGACCUCCUGAUUGGGUGUUAACACUGGUUAACUUUCCCAUAAUAAACUGACUGGAAACGUUUUAAGAACA